AUGGAUUUGUUUUCUCCUGUCACCAAGGACUCCGACUCUCUCCCGGGCAAUUGGUCCUAUGACAGCGCCAUCGACCUGUUCUCCCUGGAUCCCGCCGGCAUGGACCCCAACUCGUUCGAGUUCGCCGACAGCUUGACCAGCGCCAACUCCAAAGAUCUCUUCAUGGAUCCGUUCGGCACCCCAACGGCGAUUAGUGGGUUCACCAUGUCAACCGCAGAUGACACCGUUUCGCUCUCAUCGGAUCUUGACAGCGACGACCAGUCCUGGUCUGUCGGUGCCCGACCCUCACCAGACCUAGUCAUGUCCUCGCCCCGCACAACAAGGCAAUCGAGCAAACCAACAACCCGCGCCUCCCUCACCCAAAGCACAAGCACAACAACCUCCUCAACACGCUGGUCGUCCAGUCCCGAAAUCAAACCCCAGGAUAACCUCGCCCCACGCCCAGAUAAGCGCACCCCCUCCACCUCCACCCGCAAAGCCCGUAGCCUCUCCGACGACUUCAACACCGACUCCACCACCCGCUCUGGCAGCACCCAAGACACACAGGGCCGCAACGCAGCCAAGCGGGCCGCACACAACAUAAUCGAAAAGCGCUAUCGUACAAAUAUGAACGCCAAGUUCCUGGCGCUCGAGAAGGCUACCUCCCCCGCCGCGGGCCACAAAACCGGGCGAGCGGGUGCAGGAUCACUGAAGAAAUCGGAGAUCCUGAGUAACGCGCUUGCGUACAUCGAGAGUGUGCAGUUGGAGAAUCAGGCUAUGCGGAAGGAGCUUGCCCUGCUCACAGGGGGUAAGUUGUCUGGUGGUGCGUGGGGACGUGCGAAGCAGGGUCGCUCUUGA